AUGGAUGAGGUGAGACGGGGUGCUGAUUUGCACAAACUUUUACAAGAUCCAGUAAUGUCGCAAGCAGGUCAACCUGCAUCUAGUCCAGGCUUGUUCAUGGAAGAUGAUAGCCGAACAAGCGAAGAGGAAUAUAUAGCUUAUGCCAUGGAUGGGAGCCAACCACCUUCAGCUCCAUACCAUGCUGCUCCAGGUACAAGAAUGAUGGACAGUGCAUCAAUGAUGUCCUAUUUUGAACAACAGAACCAGCUGAUGAGGAUGCUUGUUGAUUGUAACAUGAAGGCUGCUCUGCCUCCUCAGCGCAUAAAGCCCUUCAAUGGGGAUCCAAUUGAAUACUACUCAUUCAUAAGUGCCUUCGAACAUGCAGUAGAGGCCAAGACCAGUAACGAUGUCGACAGGCUUUAUUAUUUGGACCAGUAUACCACAGGAGAUGCGAAUGCCAUUGUAAAAAGCUGCAUGUAUGGCCAAGACAAGUCCAUGGCUUACAAGAAGGCAAAGGAUCUUCUUAAGAGAAAGUUUGGAAAUACCCAAAGAAUCAUCGAAACCAUGAUGAAGAGAGCCUUCCAGUGGCAGGAUAUAAAGCCUGAAGAUGGAGAGGAACUGCAUCGUUUUUCAAUUUUCGUAACUGAGCUACACAAUCUCGCAAAGGAUCUCCAAAUGCUAUGUGAAGUUGAUCACUCACAAAGCAUUAAGCAGGUUAUAGGAAAACUCCCAUACAAACUCAGGGAAAGAUGGCGAGUUUUAGCUGAUGAUAUCUUGGAGGAGAAGGAAAGGAAUGUUACUUUUGCUGAUGUCGUGAAAUUUGUCACAAAACAGGCCAGAAUCGCCACCAACCCUGUGUAUGGUGAUCUCCUGAAGUACCAGACCAAACAGACAGGGAAAUCUGGAACUGUUGGUGGUAAGGCGUCAAACACACACAGAACCAGUUUGGGUGUAUCAGCAACUCCUGAGGGGUCUAAGGAUAAGGAAUCUUGUAUAAUUUGCAAGGAGAGGAGCCAUUCACUUGCGGAGUGCCCUGCAUUAGCAUCCAAGCCUUAUGAUGAACGAAUAACAGUCUGUAAGAAGCAAGGUCUUUGUUUCGGCUGUCUACGCAAGACUGGACACAUGGCAAAAGACUGCAAGUGGAGGCUGAAGUGUAGUGUAUGCGGUAAAUCUCAUCCUACAGUGCUACACAGGGAGAAGAAAGAUAAUCCUUCCACGAACAAUAGCAUCAGUAGGGAUAGGCAGGUCUCGGAGGAGUCACUGGAGCCAGAGGCAUCAGCUGCUGGGACUACACAUGCUGGUCAGAGUCGGCAGACAAUCCAUGAAAACAUUAACCAGGAAACUCACGUCAAGUGUAGUUUCGCUAGUUCAUCUCGGACAGACACUCUACCAGGCAUUAUCCCAGUGAUAUUGAGGUCACGUGAGACUGGAAUGGAAGUCAAAACAUAUGCCUUUGUUGACUCUGGUAGUAAUGCGGUUUUCUGCACAGAGAAGCUUGCCAGCACCCUUCAUCUUCAGAAAAAGAAGAUAAAUCUCCAUGUGUCUACCAUGACUGAUGAAAAGGUGGUACGCAGCCAGGUAUUCACCGGUAUGGAAGUCUCAGAUUUGACAGGCAAAAACAUUGUCCAGCUUCCAGAGGUGUAUUCACAAGAAAAGAUACCAGUGAACAUGGAAGACGUACCAACAAAGGAAGACAUACAGAAAUGGCCCUACCUUCAAGGUAUUGAGUUACCAGCCAUCCAAGAAGCUCAUGUUGGUUUACUAAUAGGAAGCAAUGUACCAAAGGCAAUGGAGCCAAUUGAGGUAAUCAACAGUGAAACCCCUAACGGACCCUUUGCUUGCAAGACCGUGCUAGGCUGGCUGAUUUAUGGAGCCGUUAGGGAACAUGCAAAUAGUGCUCGCAGAAUUCAGUCCCACAGGGUGAAGGCGAAAGCAAACAUUGACCUUCAAUUUGAAAGGCUCUUCAAUCAAGACUUCAAUGAAAGGAUCAUUGAAGAGAAACAGGAGAAGUCGCAAGAAGAUAAAGUCUUCAUGAAUAAGGUGGAGCAUUCAAUCAAAUUGCAAGAUGGUCACUACGAGAUCGCCCUCCCUCUUAAGAGAGAAGAUAUCAAGUUGCCCAGCAACCGACCCCAAGCAGCUCAAAGGUUAGGCCACUUAAAGAAAAGGUUUGAACGACAACCUGAAUUUCAGAAAGAAUACACUGCCUUUGUGGACUCGAUGGAGAAGAAAGGUUACAUGGAAAAGGUACCUGAAGAGGAAAGAGAUAGAGAUGAUGGCAGACUGUGGUACCUCCCUCACCAUGGUGUCACUCAUCCUCACAAGAAAAAGCUGAGAGUCGUAUUUGAUUGUUCGGCAGAAUAUGGAGGUUUCUGUGUAAAUAGGGAGCUGCUACAGGGGCCGGAUUUAACUAACCGACUGUUUGGCGUGUUAACCAGAUUCAGACAGGACAGGGUAGCACUCAUGGCAGAUAUAGAAGGGAUGUUCUCGCAGAUUCGAGUACCGAAGAAUGACGGGGAUCUCAUGCGAUUUCUGUGGUGGGACCAAGGUGAUAUUCAGAAACCAUUAUCAGAGUUCAGGAUGAAAGUUCAUGUGUUCGGCGCUGUGUCCUCACCAUCAUGUGCCAAUUACGCAUUGAAAAGAGCGGCAGUGGACCAAGCAGACAGAUUCCCUGAAGAAGUUGUAAGAACAGUACAUCAGAAUUUUUACGUAGAUGACUGCCUGUGCUCUACAUCCAGUGUAGAAGAAGCCGUUCAGCUGAUGUCUGACCUAAUAGAAGUAUGCCGAGGUGGAGGAUUCCAUUUGACUAAGUGGAUUUGUAACCAACAAGAAGUGCUGAAAUCGGUCCCAUCAAGGGAAAGAGCGAAGAGCAUCAGAGGGCUGGAUCUGGAUAUUAAGAAUAAUGUGACAGAAAGAGCUCUUGGGAUUGAGUGGUCCACUGAUGACGACACCAUAGGUGUGAAGGUCGACCUGAAGGAUAGACCUUGCACAAGAAGAGGCAUUUUAUCCACAGUUAGCUCGGUAUAUGAUCCUAUAGGAUGUGUGUCUCCAGUGAUAUUGCCAGCAAAGCAGUUGCUCCAAGUACUGUGCCGAUCUCAGCUAGGUUGGGACGAAGAGAUCCCAUUAGACAUGUCUAAGAAGUGGCAGAAGUGGAAGGCGGAGCUACCCAUGCUCUCGCAAUUUAAGAUGCCUAGAUGCCUUAAGCCUAGCAGAUUUGAUGCAGAAGCAGUGACUUUACACCAUUUUUGUGAUGCUAGUGAGAAAGGGUACGGGACAGUCUCCUAUCUAAGAUGGCAAAGGGACGACGAGAUUCAGAUGAGCUUGGUAACAAGCAAAGCAAGGGUAACACCAUUGAAGGAAGUCUCUAUCCCAAGAAUGGAACUCGCAGCAGCGACUCUAGCAGUCAGGAUUAAUCAUAUGAUUAGGGAAGAGCUAGAAUUUCCCAUAGACCAAACAUAUUUCUGGACAGAUAGUAUGUCAGUCUUAGGAUAUGUAACCAAUCAAACAGCCAGAUUUAAGACAUUCGUCGCUAACAGAGUGGCAGUAAUAAGGGACGGAUCAGAACCACAUCAAUGGCGUUAUGUGGAGUCAUCAAUGAAUCCCGCCGACAGCUGUUCAAGAGGAGUCGAGGUUAGCAAGUUCCUUCAAUGGAAAGCUUGGAAGGAUGGACCAGAAUUCCUGAAGAAUCCAGACAAUGAAUGGAUGAACAAGUGUGAAGUGUUACCCGAUGACAUUACAGUGGAGCUGGAAGUUAAAGGAAAAUGCUUAGCAACAGAAGCAAUCCAAGAAUGUAAUAAUCCAACAAGAGAACUGGUGAAUUAUUAUUCAGAUUGGAUCAGACUAAAAAGGGCAGUGUGCUGGUUCAGGAGAUUCUUAAGAUGGGUAGUACUGAAGUCUAAGAACAAGGCCAAAGAUGUAUCUAAAGACAACAGCUUGAAAGCCAGGAUUACACUCAAGGAAAUGGAGGUAGCAGAGAGUAUGAUCCUAAAGUUUGUGCAGAAGGACAACUUUGCUCAAGAAAUCAGAUGUCUAGAAAGAAAGGAAUCUGCUGUUGGAGAAAACAGAAGAGGAAGUUCAGGAAUCAGGAAAACAAGUCGAAUAUACAAACUCGACCCAGUGAUCAAUGAGGGCUUGUUAAGAGUUGGAGGAAGGCUGCAUAGGAGCUCAAUGCCAGACAGUGCUAAGCACCAGGUAAUCAUUCCCAAGAAUGAGCACGUCUCAAAUUUGAUCCUGGAAAACUUACACAAUAUGUCAGGACAUAUGGGAAGGAAUUACAUUCUGUCAAGCCUACAUCGGAAAUACUGGAUGCCAAGUGCCGACGCAGCCAUCAGGAAAAUGAUUAGCAGAUGUAUUCCUUGCCGACGGCAUAGAGCCAAGAUUAUGGAGCAAAAGAUGGCAAAUCUACCUUCUGAUCGAGUCAAACCUGAUGAACCUCCAUUUACCUCAGUUGGAAUAGACUACUUCGGUCCUUUAGAGGUAAAGAGAGGGCGAUCUGUAGUUAAAACAUAUGGAGUAAUGUUCACAUGUUUAGUUUCCAGGGCGGUGCAUAUCGAGAAAGCUGAGAGUCUAAACACAGACUCGUGCAUCGCAGCCAUCAGGAGAUUUAUUGCCAGACGGGGAACAGUAAAAAAUAUGAGGUCUGAUAAUGGAACAAAUCUGAUAGGAGCACAAAGAGAGCUUAAACGGGAAAUUGAUAACUGGAAUCAAGUACAGAUCAGCGACACACUGUUGCAACGUAACAUUCAGUGGACCUUUAACCCUCCAGGUGGUUCUCAUCACGGUGGCGUUUGGGAGCGCCAAAUUCGUACUGUCAGACAGUUGCUAUUCAAUCUGGUUAGGCAGCAAAGACUUGAUGACGAAGGUUUACACACUUUGCUGUGUGAAGCUGAAGGUAUCAUUAAUGGAAGGCCUUUGACAAAGGCCUCAAAUGACCCAAAUGACUUGGAAGCAUUAACGCCUAACCAUUUGAUCCUGAUGAAGUCUCAACCUGUACUACCUCCGACGCUAACAAGAGAGACUGAUACUUAUGCUAGAAGGAGAUGGAAGCAGGUGCAGUACUUGUCAGAUAUAUUCUGGCGAAGGUGGAUGAGAGAAUAUCUACCUCAACUACAACAGAGGCAGAAGUGGGUGGAGCCUCAACGUAGCCUUCAAGUAGGUGACUUGGUGCUUGUUGUAGAUCAGACGUUACCACGAAACUCUUGGUUAUUGGGACGAGUUACUCAAGUGUAUGCGGAUGACGAGGGCUUAGUUCGCAAAGCCGAGGUGAAAACAAAGUUGGGUGUCUACUUAAGGCCAAUUAGCAAGCUGUGUUUCAUCUUAGAAGGAGACAUAUACUAG